UUGUGUUGAAUCCAGGCUCACAAGGGCUGCAUGAGAUCUGCUUCAACAGCCCAGGUGAGGUGAGGUGGGCAGGGCUUGUUACAGAGCAUGAGUAAUAGGGCAGGUACAACGAGCUAUUCAGUUUGCACAGACAAUUCAAACCCACACCUUAGAGCUGCUGCUUCAUGCUGCAGAGAGCACAGACGCCACCACUGACUGUAAUUUAACUUUACAAGCUGCUUUUUCGUCAAGGUUCAGGACUUGGGAACAAACCAGGGUUUUCUCAUCCAGUCAUGAAGGAACAGAAUGGUUACCAGUCACACCACUUGUCACACUGAAGGUAAACCUCAAGGCCUGUUGUGAGUAGAGACUCAGAGGGGCAUCGAUGGAGUCCAAUCUGUCCCAGCUGUCUUCACUGAUAGAGGACGACAACCCUAUUUACAUCCAGCCACAUUACAAGGAAUCCUACCGUCUGGCCAUCUACGCCCUGCUCUGCGGGGGCAAAGAGGCCUACGAGGAGUUCCUCCAGGCAGAGCAGAUCAGCCACCUUCUGUCAGAGGAGGAGAUCCUGUUCAUUUUGGAGAAUGCAGAGUUACCUGUCCUGGAGGAAGAGACCGAGGAGAAACAGGACAAGGACGGGCUCAGUCCCUCCACAUACUUCCCAGUCGAGUCGGAUGAGGAGGUGCCGGACCUGGAGCUGGGCUGGCCCGAGGUUUCGCUGGAGAGCGUAGACACGAGCAUCAGCCUGCUGUACCAUCCGCCCAGGCUAAACACACCGAGCAUUAAAGAAGUGGUUCGCAAACAAAUACAGGAGGCGAGGAAGGUUAUCGCCAUAUCAAUGGAUGUCUUCACUGACGUCGAUAUUUUCAAAGAGCUCAUCACAGCCACGUUGAGGGGCGUGGCGGUCUACAUCCUCCUGGAUGAGUCCCGCUACAGCAGCUUCCUUGCCAUGUCGCACAGGAUUGGCAUCAACAUCCAAGACCUCAAGAACAUUCGUGUUCGGACGGUUCAGGGGCAGGAAUAUAAGUGCCGGUCCGGGGUGAAGUUCCACGGAGAUCUGGAGCAAAAAUUCCUACUGGUGGACUGCCGGACAGUGUUGUACGGAACGUACAGCUUCACAUGGUCCUAUGAGAAGAUCAACCUCAGCAUGAUCCUGGUGAUCACUGGUCAGCUGGUUUGCUCUUACGACGAGGAGUUUCGAAGAUUGUACGCUCGCUCCACUGUUCCUCCGGUGCGAUUCGCGGCGAGGCCAUCUGCCCAGUACCUGCGAGAGCCUGUGACCAUGCAGAGCCCAAACUCCAGCCAUCUAUCCCUCCAUCAGAUUCACAUGAGAUCCAUUGGGAUGCAAGCCAUGAGAAGUGCUCAGGAAGAAAAGUAUAACAAUGCUGCCAUGUUGACCAGGGGCCUCAGCGUGCAGGAGAAAUUGCAUCAGUAUCACUAUCCUGACAUCGGGAAUCUGGUGCGGGGACACAGUUACGGCGGAGAACUACAGAAGUUAAACUCCUUGACUCGGCUGAGGAUGGGAACCAAAGACCUCGGAGUCCCUGUGGAAAGGACUGGAUCAAACCCGAGGGGUGUGAACGACAUGUUGCCAUCAAACAGGACUCAGCAGCAUCUUCGGCACCAGACUCGCUACGGAGCGGAUCAGAAUCUGAUUCCAUUCAACUCUGAGACGUCACUGCACAGGUGGAAGAUGGACACGUACAUGAACGACAGCGACAUGCCUCUAGAUGCAUCGUGUGAUGCGCUAUCCCCGAUGUCAUCUCCAUACAGUAGUCACACCGGAUUAAACGAGUAUCAGUCUCAGCAGAUUCACACCCGGUCCAGGAACAUUAAGUCCAGGAUGGAGGAAAUGAGGCAAAAGAGGCUCAGUCUGCAGGAUUUCAACAACCUCAGGCAGAGCCAAGAGUCCUUGAGGUCUGGAUAUCUGUCAGAAAGACCUAAAUUUGUCUCGUUACGAAGAGGUCUGGACAUGAGUGUGGCAGAAUUAGAGUCAGACACACACAAUGGAGGCAACCAGAAACCAGCCAACCACAAAGACAGUGAACCAAACAUGGAAGAAGGUCUAACUGAUGGACACCGUUCCACUUCUCACUACGAUGUCAAAACGGUUUCAGAUCGAAGGACGAUGCCGACGUACGACUGGCAUGAGCCUCUUUCCAGAACAACCUCGGCAAGUGACUUGGAUGUGAAACUAAAGGAUCCAUCGCUCAAGCUCUCUCAUCUGCAGCCCAGCGGUCUCAGUAACCAGCACGCAAGAGCAAUGGAGUCUUUGAUCGAAAUCCCUGAAGAGAAAGAGGGUUCAGGCUCACGUGUCAACAGUUCAGACUCCGCCGCAUUCAAAGCGGGAAACGAGGAGAUUCGCAAGGACGAGAAAGUAAAGGAGAACUCUGUGACACUGAACUUACAGGCAGAAUCACAACAUCAGGGGCCAGUCAAGAGAAAACAUGGCUCUACAGGUAAGGUGGCUAACAGCUCAGACUCCCCAUAUCCCAAAGGACAGACACCAGUACCGAAUGAGGCACAAGCUGUCCCAAACACUUCUCACCAUGCAGUGGAUCCUAAGACCAGUCACGCGGACAAAGGGCAAACACAGUCUGAGGAACCGACCCUCCAAAGGAAAAACUCCUUGAGAAUGAAAGUAUAUUCACUGCUCACAAAAGAGGAGAAGACGCUCCAAAGAAAGCCUUCACUGAGAUCGAAGAAUCCCUCGGCAUCAAACCAACCAGUCAAAGCAGAACAUUCACAGGCGUCUGCGGCAGACCAAACAACAAAGAAAGGUCAUUCACCGAACAUCUCCAGGUCGCAGAACUCUGUCGACGGUCCAUCUGAGACAGACAGGUCAAAGUCUCCAUUCCCGAGAUUAUCUAUUCAGCGUUCAAGUAAAAGAAAGACGAACCCAGCAGCAGAGCAGGACCAAGGAUCAGAGAGCACUCUGGACGACAAGGGAACGACUACCAAUCAAAGACAGAAAGUAUACAGUCGAUUUGAAUACUUGUUGAACAAUGAUGGCAAUCCCAAAGACAGGGGCAUUCCACCAAACAGGCCUCAGUCUGGAUAUCCAGCAUAUCAGACACAAAGUGGGACUGAAAACAAACUGGGAAAAUUCAUGCAGCGAGUAGGCGGUCUAAUAGGCAAGAAUAAGUAAAGCUGCGGGAAGAAAAGUAGGCCGCCAUGUUCAG